UAAAGGAAAAGCUGAGGAGCCGGAUCGGAGGGUGGGCGGUACUGGGCUCAUGUGCCCUUUAAGAACGGGGUUCUGGGUGCCCGGGAGGAUAUUGUACUUUAGCUGGCAAGGGGGGUGAUGAGUUAAAAAUCCAGUCUUCUGGACCGACUGGCCUAUCAAAACCAGUAUCCCCCAAGGCCCUGAUCUGUCUGUAAUCCUCCAUCAUCUUAUUUCCAAGCAGUUCGGGGAGAGAGAAUGCAGGGAGGUCCUGUAUUGGCAGUGACAUGGCUCACAGUCCUUGCUGUUGCUGGUGCCUCUGGGCAGUAUGAGAAGCCAGCUUUUACCCCCAUUUUUACUGGUAGGCCUUUCAUUGUGGCCUGGAAUGCGCCAACCCAGGAUUGCAAGCCUCGCCUCAAAGUCCACCUGGAUUUCAGUGUUUUUGAUGUGCUGGCCUCGCCCAAUGAAGGCUUUGUGGACCAGAAUCUGACCAUUUUCUAUAAAGAGCGUUUGGGCCUUUAUCCCUACUAUGAUGGACAGAAAAUGGCAGUGAAUGGGGGUGUUCCACAAAACAGUAGUCUGGUGCAGCAUCUAGAGCGAUUACAGGAUGGCAUCCGUAAGUAUAUACACUCUGAGGAAAAGGAGGGACUGGCUGUCAUUGACUGGGAAGAGUGGAGACCCAUCUGGAUCCGGAACUGGCAGACAAAAGACAUUUACCGCAACUCCUCCCGGCAGCUUGUUUUGGCUCGGCGUCCUGGAUUGCCGGAGGAUCAAGUGAACAAAGUGGCCCAGUACGAGUUUGAGUCAUCAGCUCGUGAAUUCAUGGAGCAGACCCUGCGACACGCCAAGAACUUCCGGCCCCGGCAACUGUGGGGCUUCUACCUCUUCCCAGAUUGCUACAACCAUGACUAUAGCAAGAACCAGGAUAGUUACACAGGUCGUUGUCCUGAUGUAGAGGAGACACGCAAUGACCAUCUAGCCUGGCUCUGGAGAGAGAGCACUGCCCUUUACCCUUCCAUAUAUUUGGACCAGGUGCUGGCCUCCUCCAGUAAUGGGCGGAAGUUUGUGAGAUCACGGGUAAAAGAGGCCCUGCGUAUCUCCCAGCGUCAUCAUGAAGACUAUACUUUACCUGUCUUUGUCUACACUAGGCCCACUUACAUCCGCAAAUUGGAUGUGUUAAGUGAGAUGGAUUUGGUCUCCACCAUUGGUGAGAGUGCUGCCUUGGGGGCUGCUGGAGCUAUUUUCUGGGGAGAUGCAGACUACACCAAAAGUCGGGAAACCUGCCAAGUCAUUAAAAAUUACCUAGAGAAGGAACUUGGUCCUUACAUCAUCAAUGUGACGACCGCAGCUGAACUCUGCAGCCAGACUUUGUGCAACAGUCAUGGGCGUUGCCUACGCCAAGCCAGCAAUGCCAGCGUCUUCCUGCAUCUCAAUCCAGCCAGCUUCCUGAUUCAUUACAAUGACAACAAACUUGUGGCUGACGGAAAGCUCUCUCAAGCUGACAUUACCUUCCUACGGACUCACUUCCUAUGUCACUGCUACCAGGGAUGGCAUGGAGAAGGAUGUGAGGGGCGGCUGAACCCUCCAGGUGGUGGCUCCUCCUACCUUUGCAGUAACCUGGGACUCCAGUUGCUCACCACACUCUUUCUUCUGGCUUUCUUGCAUUAGGCUGCCUCUAACUGAAACCUCCGUGGCUGCAAACUAGUUCCUGGAGUAUAGUGUGAGAGAAGGGUUUGUGAUAGGCAACGAGGGUAGCCAGAAGGAAGAAAUAGGAGCCACCAGCCUCUCUUUUGUAUCUUAUUUAGCAGUGAUGUAGCAGAUCUCCUAUUUAAGUGACUGUCCUACCUCUCCUGUCUUGCCACUGGCCCUUUAAGCGGCAAAAGAAAAAAGACCCUUCUCCCCACUGAUAGGUUUUUUCCCCCUGUUUGCAGACAGGUGGACUACUGGAGGAGAAAACAGUGUUAGGGACUGGCAGAGGUGGGAGACUGGCAUAAAGUGCGGCCUGAUCUGCCUUUCCUGCUGCUGAUGUGGUGACCUCUGCUGCCCCUGGCCUUGGGUUGUCUGAAUGUGCCACCGAUAAGAGUGCCUUGGAUUAGCUGCCCAAAGGAAAGCAGGGCUUGGAGGGUGGCAGGUGGGAAGAAACUAAGUGCCUGCUUUCGAGAUUGGUUUUAGGCCUUGGCUGCCAGGACUGAGAAGGGAGUACUUGGCUCUUCUGUUGUAAGGAGGGGGAGGGCAUAGUUAGUUAAGGCAGGAGUCCUAGAGCAUACUUAGGCCUAGAAAAAGUGUGGUGGAGGAGCUGCUGUAGUGAGGAAAAAUUGCUGCUGUGUGGAGUGUCUCUCAAGAAUUCCCUUUAGGAUAGAGGGUAGAGAAGGGGAGGAAUGCUGUUCAGACACUGAGAAAAAAAGGUUGGGUCCAGUGGCACCUUUAAGACCAACAAAGUUUUAUUCUUGGCAUAAGCUUUCCUUUGCAUGCUCACUUCUUCAGAUUCAGGUAUCUGAAGAAGUGUGCAAGCACAUGAAAGCUUAUGCCAAGAAUAAAACUUUGUUGGUUUAAGAGUGCCACUGGACUCAAACUUUUUUCUGCUGCUUCAGACCAACACAACUACCCACCAACUACCCACCUGAAUCCAGCCGCUGAGGAUUAUUCUGGAGAGUCAUAUCAGCUGUGGUGGGAUGUUUGCUUCACGGAAGAUGGGAUGGGCUAGAUAAUAUUGCCCAGCUGGUAUUAUUGGGGAUUGAGAUUGCUUUCCCUAUCGUUAUAUGGCUGGAACAGAGUCAGUGCCCUGAGUAUUGCAGGAAAAACCAAAAUGUUUUACCUCAGAAUUAAAAACACAUGAGAGAA